CGUCUCUCUCUCUCUCUCUCUCUCUCUCUCUCUCUCUCUCUUUUUGGGGUUCAUUGUCUUGGAGAUUUGAGGAAGAACUCGGUUGUUUGAUUCGGAGCGGGUGCUGGAUUUCAGGGUUUCAAUUGGUGAGGUGUUUUGAGCUCUUGUUUCUCUGAAGUUAGAUCAAAGUGUGAGAAUCAGUUCAAAAUGUCUAACCUUCUGAACGAUCAGCUUUUGCAAGUGGAAACAACAUGUGGAACUCUUCUAUGUGAGCUUCAGAUAAUAUGGGAUGAAGUUGGGGAAUCUGAUGUGGAAAGGGACAAAUUGCUAUUCCAGUUAGAGCAAGAAUGCCUGGAGGUGUACAGAAGAAAAGUUGACCAGGCAAAUAAAUCGAGAGCUCAACUGCGACAAGCCAUUGCUGAUUCCGAAGCAGAGCUUGCUGCUAUCUGUUCUGCAAUGGGUGAACGUCCAGUGCAUAAUGGGCAGAAAGCGGGGACCUUAAAAGAAGAGCUUAGGGCAAUUACUCCACAGCUAGAGGAAAUGCGAAAGAAGAAGAAUGAGAGAAGAAACCAAUUUCUUGUAGUUAAUGAGCAAAUACAACAUAUCUUGAAUGAGAUCAGGCCUGCAGAACAAAAUAGAUGCAAGAAUGCUUUAGAUGAAUCUGACCUAUCUAUUAAAAGGCUCGAGGAAUUGCAUAGGCAGUUGCAGUCCCUUCAAAAGGAGAAGAGUGAACGUCUGAAGCAGGUGCUGGAUCAUUUGGGCACAUUGAAAUGUUUAUGCUCAGUGCUUGGCAUGGAUUUCAAGCAAACAGUUAGUGAGGUACACCAUAGUCUAGAAGGAGCUGAAGUAUCAGUAAGUGUCAGCAACGAAACAAUUGAAAGGCUGGCAUCUGCAGUGCAUAGAUUGAGGGAGAUGAAAUUACAACGAAUGCAAAAGCUACAAGAUCUUGCAACAACUAUGUUAGAACUUUGGAAUUUGAUGGAUACACCCAUUGAAGAGCAACAAAUGUUUCAGAAUGUAACAUGCAAUGUAGCCGCAUCUGAACAUGAAAUAACUGAUGCAAACAUGCUUUCCGAGGACUACAUUAAUUAUGUGGAGGCAGAAGUUUUGAGGCUUGAAGAACUAAAGACUAGCAAGAUGAAAGAACUGGUUCUGAAGAAAAAAACAGAAUUAGAAGAGCUUCGGAGGAGAACACAUCUGGUUGCAGAUGCAUAUAACGAAAUUGAGUAUGCAAUUGAAGCCAUUGAGUCUGGUGCUGUUGAUGCUUCUUUGGUCUUGGAGCAAAUUGAUCUACAAAUAUCAGCUGUCAAAGAAGAAGCUUUUAGCAGGAAAGAUAUUCUUGAAAGAGUGGAGAAAUGGUUGGCAGCCUGUGAUGAGGAAUCCUGGCUAGAGGAGUACAACAGGGAUGAGAAUCGGUACAGUGCUGGACGAGGCGCUCAUCUCACUCUCAAACGUGCGGAAAAAGCCCGAGCUAUUGUUAACAAACUUCCAACAAUUGUGGAUGCUUUGACUACUAAAGUUGCAGCAUGGGAAAAGGAGAGAGGGAUUGAGUUCACUUACGAUGGGGUCCGCCUAUUGUCAAUGCUGGAAGAGUACAGCAUUUUGAGGCAGGAGAAAGAGCAAGAGCGCAAGAGGCAGAGGGAUCAGAGGAAACUUCAGGGUCAGCUCAUAGCUGAGCAGGAAGCACUCUAUGGAUCCAAACCAAGUCCAUCAAAACCCCAGAGUGCUAAAAAGGUGCCGAGGAAUUCCACUGGUGGUCCAGGGAGACGGCUAUCAUUAGGUGGAGCAGUUCUUCACCCUGCAAAACAUGAUUUCCACCAUUCAACAAAAUCAACUCGCUCAACGAGGAAGGUUGAUGAGGGUGCUGCACUCUCAGCCGUCAGCAGGGGUCUGGAUGUUGCUGGUCUUCCAGUGAAGAAGCUUUCCUUCCCAUCAUCCAAUGCCCGUGAAAUCGACACUCCCCGGCAGCCCUUCACUUCCCUGCUACCAGUAAACGCUGUGCCAUCAACACCUUUGAAGCCGAUCACUAGCAUCACAACGGAGGAGAUCAUGACUCCCCAAACAAUGCCUAUCAUGACUCCCAAAACACCUUCUACCGUGUCAAUGCCAAUGCAAGUGGCUAAUACACCUGCCCCAGUUUUUGCUUAUGAAUUAGCAUCAGGUGCAGCAGAGAGGACAGAAGACAUAGAGUACUCCUUUGAAGAAAAAAGACUGGCGGUACUCCUUAAGGCAUAGCUGAGCAGUGUUUCCUUUUGUAUAAAAAAGUUCACACUGGAUGCACAAGCAUGAGUCUCUAUGAUGGAUGCAAGUCAAUUAUAAUUGGCUUUUCUAGUAUACUUAACAAUUUGUGUUGCAUCUUUCAUAGAGAGUGAGUAGUGACUUUGAUAUCAAGUGAUUCUAUUUAGUAAUGAUGCUCUUCAAGAAUUAUUGCAAAAUUCAUCUUAUCGACAAUCUGAUUUUUCAAUGCUGUCCUCACAUGUAGUGAAAAAUAAGUUUACAUCCCAAAUACAUG